UACACCAGUAUUAUUAUUAUCUGCACUAUAGCAGUUCAGCCUCACAUAGAUAUUUCUAGAUAAACAUUAUAAAGCCAGAAAUAAUGCAGACAGGAAGGGGAGGUUCUGAUGUACAUCAUGUGUUGGUUGUAUUUCAGUCUGUUGCUCAGACAGUCAGCAGGAAGACAGCAUGGAGGUCACAGCUCUCUGCAUGAGACUGUGGAUGGACAUGUUGGUCAUGCUGCUUGUAAGAGUUGACCACAGUUACUUUGCUCAGAAAGCUAAUGCAGCUUUUCCUCGUGUUCUUCCAGACAGACUGCAGUUUUUUGAAUAUGAGAAUGUCAGUGUGAUCUGUCAAGAGUUAGGUGGUUUGACUGAAUGGCGAGUAAUGAGGAGGCUCAAUGAAAGAAGUCCAACAGAUUCUUACAUCUGGCAGUCAUCAGCACCAUCCUGCACCAUUCAUCUCACCUUUAAACGUCACAGUGGAGAGUACUGGUGUGAAGAUGAAGAGGGGAACAGACGCAAUGCUAUCAACAUCACCAUCAAUGCUGGUUCUGUGAUCCUGGAAGUUCCUGCCAGUCCUGUUAUGGAGGGAGACAACGUGAGUCUUUAUUGUAGAAAGAAGGAUACUCAGUCAAAUCACAUAGCUGAUUUCUACAAAGAUGGAUCCACACUCGGGACCUGGUAUUCAAACUACAUGACCAUCCAAAAUGUUUCCAAGUCUGAUGAAGGACUCUACAAGUGCAGCAUCUCUGGAGCUGGGGAAUCACCACAGAGUUGGCUGACUGUUUUAAAAGUAAAAGGUGAUGAAGGCAUGUUUAAUAACUCCAUUCCAGCAGCCGACGAAGAGACCCGUCCUUCCAGUCACCCCCCUAAUCUGCCCUCCCUGCUCUGGAUUGUUGUGUUGGUGGCUCUGAUGCUGUUGGUGAUGGGACUUCUUCUCUGUAGGAAACACAGAGUUUUUCUAUCAAUGGCAUUUGGUCUUUUCUGUCCUCCAGUAUUGGGCUGUUUGUCAUCUGGGAAACCAAUACCAGGAUUGCACUCACCUGCAGAUCCUACAGAUUCAGGAGAGGACAAUAUCGCUGAUCCACAUGCAACAUAUGAUGUCAAAAAACAAAGAAGAGAGAAAGUGUCUGAUGGUGACAAUGCAGGUGAUCCGGACCUUAUGACAUAUGCUGUUUUUAAAAAACAAAGUAAGAAGAAAGAGCCGGACGGGUCCGGAGCAGGUUCCAAGCGACGUCUAACAGACGAGAGUGUCUUCUAUUCUUCAGUCUACUACAGGCCACAUACACCCAACUGAAGGACUGAGGAGGUGGUCUGUUCAACGCUCUACCUCUGUAUUUCAGUUAGGAAGUCAUAGUGUUAAGUCACACUUUUGAAAUCAAUUACAAAGAACAUUCGGUGUCUUUCCGUUAUCAAUAUUGUAUCUUUAAUCAUAAAGUGACCAGAGAUGUAAAUUUCAAAAAUGUUUAAAAUCUCUUCAAGGUCUAUAAAACCAACAGUGAAUUCACAGAAACAAAGUUUAUAUGUUUAUAAGUGGUGGAACAGCCUACACAUAACCUGCCACUAUUGUUCCUCUUCAUGAGAUACAUUUCUUUAAUGCAAUUGUAUCUCUAAAAUGUAACUUUACUUUAAAUGAAGACUAUAAUCUUAUUGCAGAUGUUAAAGGAGAUGAACAUAUUGUGAAAAUUCAGUUGAGUUGUAAUGAGCAGACUGGGACCAGAGCAUUUACAGAAAAGAAGCUCUAGAGAGAGAGACAAUGUCCCCCACAAAGUCUACUGAAUAAUAGUAGAGCUUACUGAAAACAAAAGAAAAAAAAAUCCAAAUUUAACAAAUAAUAGCAAAUUAAUUAAUAGCAAGCGAAAAGGGGACGGAAACUUGUGGUUCAGCAUUUAGCUGACAGAAAACCAUAGCUGCUUCAGUUCGAGCAUGCAUACAAGGAAGACAGGAUAUGUGGCUUCAUGCAGGUGGUGCGAUGGUUCUCGCCUCCAUCUUGCGCUUACCUUUUUUUAAUACACUUUGGUCAUGACGCUGUAUGAGGCUUGUGAUAAGGAGAUAUACUGUCAAAAGUGAUGCUCGGGUUUGGCAAGUCAGUUCAUCAGAGGCUUUGCUACUUUUGCUCUUUUCUUGGAAAAAAACAUCAGGCCUACACUGUCUCCCUCAGAUGAUGAGCACUGAAUAACGUAAUGACAAUUUAAUUUUCAAUAAUGAAAGUGUAAUUUUACACUUUGCAACGAUUUGGUAAAACAUUGACUGUAAACUAAAACUUGGUGCCUGCUUAACUUGGAACCCACAUUGAUUGAUUGAUUCCCACAAUUGAACUGUAGUUGACAAGGGCAUUGGGAGAGAUCAGCAGAGAUUGAGGAUUACGCACGGUCAAUGUGAAGCCAAUUUUUAAAUUUAUUGUACAAACUUAGAAACGCUAGGCAAAAUUCUGAGUGACUGAAACUUUAAAUAG